AUGAAACCCCAUAAUUAUUCAUCCUGUGAAUUAGCAGAACAUGAAUCUGAGUUUCUGAAUAUUGUUUGUAUAGAUCAUGAAUGCAAAAAUCGACGAUUGCUAUGUUCAUAUUGCUAAUAAGAUCAUUAGAGUUGCAAAAGAAUUCCAUUAAACAGAUUCAUAAAGAUGUAUAAAGAUCAAAUUGAUACCAAGAAUUUAGAAACUUUGAAAUAAUAGAAUUUAGAACUGAGUCUUCAUCUUGAUUCAAUCGAAGCAACACUAAUUGAAUCUCAGAAAUUCUUUUAUAAUACGUUCUAUCAAAUCAAAUAAGCAAUUCAACAUGCAAAGUAGUCCCUUCAUUAGAUGACUCAUUCUGGUUCUUCACUAUUAAAUUACUGUUUCAUCUUAUAGCAAUUUGAAUCAGAACCAUCUCAUAAAAAUUUUAUCAGUCUCCUCUCUCAAAUUGAAUCCUUUAUGCCAAAUUCUGACUUGUUCUCAUUCACAAUCAAGAAAAUUGAUCCUUCCCAAUAAUUGUCCUUAUCAGAUGAAUCAAUUACUAAUAUGAAAAUUGAUGUUUAGCAAUUUUAAAGUGCAACUAGAAAAUUUACCAAAUUAUUUCAACAAUUGCAUGACACUCUAUAAAAGAGUAUUUCAAGCAUAUUCCCAAAAGAUCUCAUAGAAUCAGAGAAUGAUACUUAACAUUUUAAUAAGGUCUAACCCUUAUUUAAUGAAUAAUAAGUUCUAUCUUUAAUGUAGAUUAUGGAUGAUGGUAUGCCACAAUAAUAGAAAUUAUCAAAUACUAAUACUUUUAUUUCCAACAUGCCACACUAAAUAGUACCUCCUUAAAAUGAUAUUUAAUAAGAAAAAGAGACGACACUGAUAUUUUCUGAAGAGAAGAAAUUCCAACUUAUGCUUGGAGGAUUAAAUUUUACUAAAAUGCUCUAUAUGAAUUAAUAUAUCAUUUGUGGGAUAGUUGGAUCUAAGUUUUCUAUGUUUGAUAUUUCCAGCAAGGAUUAAAAUCUUCAAGGGAUUGUUACUAUAUAGAAUGAUGCAGAAUUUACAGAUUUAGCAUAUUUCAAUACGUAUGAAUAACUUGGAUAUAUUUACCUAGCCAGCAAAAAAGGGAAUAUCUUUAAAUUAAUAACAGAAGGAGAAAGGAAUAUCAAAAUUAAAGAAGGCUUGAGUAGGAGUCAUAGUAUUGAUAAGCCUGGAAUACUGUCAAUUUAGGUUAGUCCAGUGGAGGAAUAAUUAUACAGUAUAGGACAAGAAAUGAUAGCAAAGGUUUGGUGUUUGAAAACAAUGAAGGAGUUGAAAAGGAUAUAGUUGCAAGAACCUGCAACUGCAUUUCAUGUCGAUUGGAAAUGCUUGUUUAUUGGGGGAAACAACUAAAUUCAAAUUUGGAAUUAGACUACAGGAGAUUUAACCAAAAUGGAAGGAUUGGAAUAGACAGUGAAUAAAAUAUUGACUAAUGAAUCCAAAUUAUUUGUGGGUUUGGCAGAUAAAAUAAAGAUUUAUGAUAAAAAAGGAGAAGGAGAGUUACUAUUAUUUAAGGAUGUUUCGUUUGGUUAAAUUUGCAUGUUGUCGAUCAUAAAGACAUGGCCUAUCUUGGUGAUUUCAUAUAUUGAUAAAUAAGUGGAAUAAGUGGGUUUGUAUGAUUUUACAGAGACAAAACCUCCUCAAUUAUUGGUGGAGUAAUCAGCAUCAUCAUGUUGUGCAGUUUAUGAAGAAUAGGAUGUAGGAAAUUACUUGGCAUUGGUCUAGAAAAUGGGAUUAUGCUUAACAUAUAAGAUGGAAUAAGAACUUAACAAUGAUAUAUGA